ACCGACCGGAUGUAGAAUUUACUCGCUUAGUCCAGGCAGGAAGUAAAGCACCUCGAAAGGAAGGUCGCUGUACAGUUCGGGAUAUACUGGAGACGCGUAGAUUAAGGACGGCAAGCGUCAGACUUACGGCCGCCGGUUAUUUCCUGAACAACGAAAUGACAAUCGGGAAUUAGGUGGCGGCGGCUUACCUGUUUCUUGUAAACCGGAAGUGAAAGCCGGUUUCCGAGGCGCACCGACCUUCGACCCGGAAGUAGUGUCGUGCGUUGGCGACCGCACAGCAGCAAUACCGCACGCUGGUUUGCCGACCGCCGAUCCGUCCGCGCCUCCGGCAGCAUGGGGAAGCCGCGGCGGAGAAUAGCCCCGGGCCUGAGGGCCUCGCAGCCGCGGGAGGAAAAGAUGGAGGAGCCGGAGCCGGGAGCCCCGAUCUUCACGGAGGAGGCAGACGAUUUCCACCAGCGGCGUCUGGAGGAGGCAGUGCUGGCGGCGCUGGGCAGCGAGGAGGAGGAGGAGGAGGAAGAUGGCGAGGAGGAGGUCUUGGGACUAGAGCUCUCUGAGGAGAGUGAGACGGAGGAGGAUGGAGAAGAUGAGGGCGCGGACGACGACGAGGAUGGAGGCGAAGGCGAGCCCCUGGAUAUGGACAGCGACCUGGAGGAGCAGCGGGGCGGCAGCGGAGACCUCGGCCUCCCCCAUGAGUUCGCCUGGGGCCAGCGGAAACAGCUCUAUUACGGCACCGACUACGGCAAGGCUGCGGCUCGCUCCAAAGCAGCCAAGCAGAGCCAGGAGGAAGCCGAAGCCGAGGAGCUGGAGGAAGAGGAGGAGGCCCAAGCCAUUCAGAAAAGGCUGGUGCAGAAUCUGGGGGAGGAUGACUACGGCCUGGACCUGAUAGAGGCCUACGCUGCGGCAGCCCAGGAGCCAGGUCGAAAAGAGUCCGGGUCGAAAAUUGCCAAGGACUUGCAGUCUCUCUCUAAAAAAGAGAAGUUGAAGCUGUUGAAAAAGGAAUCCCCGGAGUUGCUGGAGCUGAUUCAGGACUUUGAAGCCAAGUUAACUGAGCUCAGAGAUGAACUGGAGCCGCUCAUGCAAAUGGUAAAAGAUGGGGUCAUCCCAGAGGGAAAGGGCAGCCAGUAUUUACAGACCAAAUACCAUCUCUAUUUGAACUAUUGCUGCAACAUUAGUUUUUACUUGGUGCUGAAAGCCAAAAGGAUUCCAGUCCACGGUCACCCCGUCAUUGAAAGACUUGUAAGUUACAGAAAUUUAAUAAAUGACUUGGCGACUGUGGACCAAAAACUGUCACCGGAGAUUCGCCUUCUCCUUAAUGAAUUCCAUAGUAGCGAUGCUGGUGAUGUGGAAGGUAGGAAGAAGCUUAUCGUGCCUGCUAGAAAGCCUGUUAAUAAAAUCAAACCUAAAGCUGUUGGUGAGCUUUCUAAUGAUAAGGAUGCUGAAGAACCUACAGAUGAUUCAGAUUUGGAUGAGGAGGCUGCCCUGAAUUAUUAUAAGGAGAUGGAAGAAAAGAUAAAGCUUAAGAAAAAGAGGAAACGAGAAGAAACAGAAUGUGUGGAAGACCUGAUUAUGGAAGAGGAAGCAGGAGAUCAAAAGAGAGGUGCAACAUACCAGAUUGUCAAGAAUAAAGGUCUCACACCCAGAAGGAAAAAGAUUGAUCGUAACCCAAGAGUCAAGCACCGUGAGAAAUUCAGACGUGCCAAGAUUCGUAGGAAGGGGCAGGUUCGUGAGGUCCGAAGAGAAGAACAAAGAUACGGAGGCGAACUGUCUGGCAUUCGUGCUGGAGUUAAGAAAAGUGUUAAGCUUAAGUGAUUCUUUUUGUAUAAUUCUUUUUUUACUCGCUGAAGGCAGUGAAUGUGAGCUCAAUAAAUGUUCAUUUUUGGGGUAAAUAAAGGCAAUAUGUAUUUAUUUUAACAUGGAGAAAGCAGCAUUGUUCAUAGUAUGCAAAGUUCAGGGCAGCUGCCUUUCCCAGUUGUUUCAUUUAUCCAGCAGCUCAUCUUUGAGGUCAUCCGCAGUAACCAGGCACUGUGUUUAAAUGUAAAUCCCAAUCACUGCAUUGAGAACAUAGUAGGUCAACAAUCCUCUCACCUUCCACCACUUUUUGACCUGCUAGGUUGCAUUUCUGUGCACUUUUGACUUUCAGUAACUGCAUUGAGCUCAAUGGGAAUUCUUAGUUAAUAUGCCCAGGAUUGAGUUUCAGAUACUUUGGCCUGACCCAAUAAGGCUCUCAUUAGUUCUUAAGGGACCCAAGGAAUAUUUAAUCUGCAUUAAGCUAUUUUGAGCAUACACUUAGGGCUAGGCUGAUCAGAUCCAAUGCAAAAGUGGAGACGGUCCUGUAUGUUGUGAAUGAUAAGAGCUUUGGCAGGUAAAGCUUCUAAUGCAUAAGUUUAAUUUGCUUCAUUCAGACUCACAAAAACUUUAUACUUUCUAUACCUUCUAAGUUACCUGUGUGCUCUACAUUAAUACAGUAUACAUAUUUGAAGCCACAGUGCAUUGGUAGCUGGGUUGAGUGAAACCAAAACCAAUCACUUUUUGAUUUUAAAAUGUUAGCAGGUAUGUUUAACAUAAUGACUAGAAACCAUUCAGAAAUGAACUGUGAGGGGAUGCCUAUUAGUAGUUAAUUUUUUAAAAGGGAUAGAAGCAUAGAGGCACAUGCUGUGAUGAGUUGUUUUUAGUGGUGGGCACCAACAUUGUAAUUAACAUUGUAAUUAAAAUUGUGAGGGGUUUAAGGCUACAGAAAAUAGUGAUUGGAAGUUACUUUACAGAAAAGUAACUUCCGUUGCAGGUGGGGAGAGGUCAGUCUUUUUGUAGAGCAAGCCAUGAUUUUGAGAUGUGGUUUUAAGGACUGACAAGUGGGACAAACUCUUGCAAUGUAGAGGACUUUUUUGCUGCAAUGCUUUGUGAUAUUCCAUCUACCUUCCUCUCUACAUCCUGUGCCCACAAACAGCACAGUGGUCAGUAAUCAUGGUUGGUCCUCAGUAGGCCUGUUUUUGCACACCUCUUUAGUCCCCUUCCCCCAAAUAUUAUUGUACUUUUGAAAAUCUUAGCAUUCCCCCGAAGCCUAUUGGAUGGUGUCUUUGGUUUGAUGCUCAUGCUAGGGCAUCAGAAAUAAGAGUGAACCAUGGUGUUUAUUUGAAAAGUUUGUAAAUUCUCUGUAAUGUUUGAGAGAUCACUUUGUAAAGGGAAUAAAGUGGUGAAAUGGAA